ACUGGGGGAACGAAAGCCCCCAACUUCUCCGCAGCUCAGGCAGCAGGGUUCAUCGUCGCCGCCUCCAGCAAGCUUCCACUCGCCGGGGCUGGGCCAUGGCGGCUCCGUUCAUGUACUGCCGCCCCGCCGACGGCAAAGAGCCCCGCGAGAAGGCUCUCAUGAGGGCGGCCCGCGACGGCAACCUCGGCGUCCUCAAAGGUAUUGUAAAGAGUUUCACCAAAGGAAAAGGCGACCCAUCGGUGAUUUUUUCUUUCAACCUGAAGGGGCUUGGUGUGCUGCAUUACGCGGCAUGCGCAGGCCAUCUGGAAAUUUGCAAGUAUUUAGUUGAGCUUGGAGGAGAUGUGAAUGCUACUGCGGAUGCAGCGGGAUUUCUAGGUUUGACUCCAUUUAUGGCGGCUGCUCAGUCUAGUGAUGUUCCUACCGUCAGGUAUCUUCUUGAUCAUGGGGGUGAUCUAAUGAAAGCAGAUGACAAAGGAUUUACUGUUCUCCACCAUGCCGCUUCUUCAGGAUGCUGCAAGGUAACAGAGUUCCUCCUUUCAAAAGGAGUGCCAGUCGACCUAGACUGUGGUCAUGGAACGCCACUCUAUCUGGCUGCUACAAAUGAGAAGGAAAAGACACUGAAGAUUUUGUUGGACCACCACGCAAAUCCUAACGUCACGCUCAGUGGUGUUGCAAGUCCCCUGAUGAGUGCUCUUAUUUACCGUUCAUUGAAGUGCAUGAAGCUACUCAUUAAGGCUGGUGCUGAUGUUAAUGUCAGGGGUUCCUUUAUGACUCCUUUAUUGUUUGCUACAUCGCGAGGAGGCUACACCAACUUCAUUCAGUUUCUAUUGAAGGCUGGAGCAGAUCCUAAUAUUCCUGAUGAUUUGGGCAGGUUGCCAAUAGAGCUUGCUGCAAAACGUGAUUGCAAGGAAGAGGUUGAAAUGUUGUUUCCUUUGACUUCCGCAAUACCAAAUGUCCCAAACUGGAGCAUUGAGGGAGUGAUUUCUCAUGCUAAAUUUGAAGAGAAAAAGCCAAUGGAGCAAGGACACCUUGAAAGAAGAAAAUGCUUGUUCAAGUCACAGGCUGAUAUGGCAUUCAAGCGGAAGGAUUAUAAGCUGGCAUCAAAGUGCUAUGAUUUGGCAAUAGGACAUGGAGAGAGUGCAGCACUGUAUGCAAACAGGAGUCUUUGUAAGCUGCUCAUGGGCGAUGGUGACGGUGCUUUCGCAGACGCUCUCAAGUGCAGAAUGCUGCGACCUAAUUGGGCAAAAGGUUGCUACCGUCAAGCUGCAGCUCACAUGCUACUAAAGGAAUAUAAACAAGCAUGUGAUGCUCUCAAAGAUGCACAAAAGAUGGAUCCUGGGAAUGCCGAGAUUGAAAGUGAAUUGCGGAAGGCUAGGGAACUCAUGGAGAGUUCUCCUCGCGAUGGUGAGCAGUGAGGCGCGGCCGUGCUCAUUGGACUGCAGACUGCAACCUAUGCCGGUUUUCACUAAAGUAGAGCUAGCAGGAUGUCUAACCCCCUUUAUGUUGUGUUAGGAACAAAAACUCUGAAUCUCUUCUGUAGACGACGUCGAAUGAGAUUUCCUUUUGUACCAUGUGGAUCAUCCCGGCCGUAUGCAGUUCCUUCUUGUCUAGAUGAGUCUGUUUUCCCACUCUAAUUGUUCGGAUUCCUUCUUCUAGACUUGUGAAUUUUCGUGAUC